AUGGAGAAGCCGAGCGAGAGCUGGAACGGCCACGUGCAGGGCGGCGUCCUGGCCGGGCUGGAGGCGGCGGCGGCGGCCCCGGGGCUGCCCGCGGAGCCGGCCCGGCGGCGGGGCUGCGGCCGCUGCCUGAGGAAGCACAGCCUGGUCAUCCUGACCGUGGCCGGCGUGCUGCUAGGGGUGGCCCUGGGCGCGGCCGUCCGCGGCGCCCACCUCAGCCGGGCGCAGGUGGCCGCCCUGGCCUUCCCCGGGGAGCUGCUGCUCCGCAUGCUGCGGAUGGUCAUCCUGCCGCUGGUGGUCUGCAGCCUGGUCUCCGGCGCCGCCAGCCUGGACACCCGGGCCCUGGGCAAGCUGGGGGGCAUCGCCGUCGCCUACUUCAUGGGCACCACCCUGGUGGCCUCCGCGCUGGCCGUAGCCUUGGCCUUCAUCAUCCGACCGGGGGCUGGGGCCCAGGCGCUGAACACCAACGCCCUGGGGCUGGCCGACGCCCUGCCCACCAACAAAGAGACGGUGGACUCCUUCCUGGACCUCGCCAGAAACCUGUUUCCUUCCAACCUGGUUGUUGCAGCUUUUCGAACGUAUGCAACGGAUUAUAAGAUAAUAGUAAGAAACAUCUCUGUUGGAAAUGUUACGUUUGAGAAGAUCCCUAUUGGCACAGAGAUCGAAGGGAUGAAUAUUCUGGGACUGGUUUUGUUUGCUCUGGUUUUGGGAGUAGCUUUGAAAAAGCUUGGCCCAGAAGGAGAAGAACUGAUUCGUUUCUUUAACUCAUUCAAUGAGGCAACUAUGGUCUUGGUGUCUUGGAUUAUGUGGUAUGUGCCUAUUGGCAUUACAUUCCUUGUUGGAAGCAAGAUUGUAGAAAUGGAAGAUAUUGUCCUUCUGGUAACCAGCCUGGGAAAAUACAUCUUUGCCUCAAUUCUGGGUCACGUCAUCCAUGGAGGAAUCAUUUUGCCGCUUAUAUAUUUUGCAUUCACACGCAAAAAUCCUUUCAGCUUUCUCUUAGGACUUAUAACACCAUUCGCAACAGCCUUUGCCACUUGUUCAAGCUCAGCUACUCUCCCAUCAAUGAUCAAGUGUAUUGAAGAAAACAAUGGAGUAGACAAGAGGAUCAGUAGGUUCAUCCUUCCUAUUGGGGCCACUGUGAACAUGGAUGGAGCCGCCAUAUUCCAGUGCGUGGCAGCUGUGUUUAUUGCUCAGCUGAAUAAUGUUGACCUCAAUGCUGGACAGAUCUUUACUAUUCUUGUGACUGCCACUGCAGCCAGCGUUGGAGCGGCUGGAGUCCCAGCUGGAGGAGUUCUGACCAUUGCUAUUAUCCUGGAGGCCAUUGGACUUCCCACCAACGAUCUAUCCUUGAUAUUAGCAGUGGACUGGAUUGUGGACCGAACCACCACUGUUGUGAACGUUGAAGGAGAUGCCCUGGGAGCAGGUAUCCUUCAUUAUCUGAAUCAAAAAGAAAAGACGGCGAAAGAGCAGGAGCUAAAUGAAGUCCAUGUAGAAGCGAUUCCCAACUGCAAAUCUGAAGAGGAAACAUCACCUCUGGUAACACACAGGAACCAAGUCCCCACCCCAGCCAGCACUGCGGAGCCAGAGUCAAAAGAAUCAGUACUGUGAACUCGGGGAAAACUUGCAAACAGGUGGACUGCUGCCUUGUUAACAUGCUAGACCAUUUGCACUGCUGUUAGGGACUAGCUGUGUGUUCACCUUUUGAGUUUCAGUGGCAAUGACUUGAAGCUACAGACUUGUUAGGCGUAUGUCUGUCUAUCUCUCCCUGGAGAGAGAGCAAUCACUUCCUAAUGAUGUUAUGAUGUUUCCUACAACACAGGUAUGUGUGUGGUGUGUGUACAUGCAUACAUGUACAUGACAACAGUACCAAUAAGGAUUCUUUUUUGGGGUUAAAAAGAUAUUUAUUAGUAAAAGUCCAUGGGGAGGGGAAAAGAGGCUAAACAGAGAGGACAUACUGGUUGUAGAUGGAAUUUGCACCACAAACAGGUCUGAGAACUAGGGAAUCCCGAAUGGCAGGGUAAUGUUAUGCAGGAACCAGUACUUUCUCAGAAACACCUAUUUAAUAGUAUCAAGUGGGAAAAUAGAAAGUGCAUUUCUAACACACACGUACACACCCUCCUUGUCCUUUGUGCACACAUUACAGCAAAUAAAUACUGAAGACCAGUAAUUUUAAAAUCCAAAUUAAUAGCUCAGAGGAAUCUGAUCUUCAUUCUAUUGCCAGGCAACUUUAUCAAAACAUCCCCAGGAAGCAGACAUUGUGGCAGCGUUCGCUCUCUAUUCUCCUAGCUUUCGGUGACAGAAAUCAACCCCACAACUUUAAACUCUAAAAUAACAAAGAUUGGAUGCAGACAAAAGAUCUGCUUUACUCCCUAUUUAAAACUGACAAACCAAUUUUAAGCCAGUUUUGGCAAAGUAAUUACACUUGGGCUGAGAACUUCUAUAGCAAGUUACAGUAUAACUGUGUCUACAAGAGAAUUGUCUAUAACAACACUGAGUGACAAAGACUUCAGCUCUACGCACCUAAACACACACGUGCAUCUACUGCCCCUCGAAACUGUUCAUGUUUCUUUAAUGGCUCAAGUCAGACGUCCUGGGACACAUCCUUUUCCAAGCAACAUUUCUCAGACGAGAAAGGAAUAUAAAAACUCAAAAUGUGGAAACUGAUGAAAAAUCCAAAGCAUUAUCCCCUGGAUGGCCAGACUAGGGACUACUGAUGGCAUGAGAGGGGAAGGCGUGUGGAGUCCAGUGAUUCCUGCUAAUCCUGCUGGCUCUUGGGACGGCUGUGCCUCCCCCU